AUGAUGAUGAGGCGCCAGUUAUCGGUCUGCGUCCUCCUCCUGCUCGUGCUCGCGGGGCAGCAGCAGGCGGCGGCCAAGAAGUACGCCGCCAUCUUCAACUUCGGGGACUCCCUCGUGGACGCCGGCAACCUCGUCGUGGACGGCAUCCCCGAGUACCUCGCCACGGCGAAGCUGCCGUAUGGCAUGACCUACUUCGGGUACCCCACCGGCCGCUGCUCCGACGGCCGCCUCGUCGUCGACUUCAUCGCGCAGGAGCUGGGGCUGCCGCUGCUGCCGCCGUCGAAGGCGCGCAACGCCACGUUCCACCACGGCGCCAACUUCGCCAUCACCGGGGCCACGGCGCUGGACACCAGCUACUUCGUGGCGAAGGGGCUGGGCAAGACGGUGUGGAACUCCGGCUCCCUGCACACCCAGAUCAAGUGGCUGCAGGAGAUGAAGCCCAAAAUCUGCAGCUCCCCCGAAGAGUGCAGGGGCCUGUUCCGGCGGUCGCUGUUCAUCGUGGGCGAGUUCGGCGGCAACGACUACAACUCGCCGCUCUUCGCGUUCCGCCCGCUGGAGGAGGUGCACGAGUUCGUGGGGGACGUCGUCAACUCCAUCGGCGAGGGAAUCGAGGUAAUUAAGCGCGCAUGCAUCCACAAGCUGAUUGCGGAGGGGGCCGUGGACCUGGUGGUGCCCGGGGUGCUCCCGAUCGGCUGCUUCCCGGUGUACCUGUCCAUCUUCCGGAAGCAGCCGGAGAUGUACGGCGGCAAGAGCGGGUGCAUCAAGGACCUCAACACGCUGUCGUGGGUGCACAACGUGGCGCUGCAGCGCAAGAUCGUGGAGCUCCGGAAGAAGCACUCCGACGUGCGCAUCAUGUACGCCGACUACUACACGCCCACCAUCCAGUUCGUCCUCCACGCCGAGAAAUGGGGGAUGCUGAGGCAGAAGCCGAGGGCGUGCUGCGGGGCGCCGGGCGUCGGGGUGUACAACUUCAACCUGACGUCCAAGUGCGGCGAGCCCGGCGCGUACGCGUGCGACGACCCGUCCAACCACUGGAGCUGGGACGGCAUCCACCUCACGGAGGCCUCCUACGGCCACAUCGCCAGGGGCUGGCUCUACGGCCCCUUCGCCGACCCGCCCAUCGUCGGCAACCGGAACCUCGAGUAG